GCUGCCUAUUUAGAGGUUCAUUGUGUUUGAUUUAGUAAAGUGAAGGGGCUUCAUCGGCAUCUACUGGACCGUGGGCAUUUACCCUUUCGCCAUGACAGAAACAAUUAAAGCCGAGCGAGGAGGACGAGUGUCAGUGUGCAUAGGAUGCGGCGGAGUCAUCAACGACCAGUACAUCCUGCGCGUGGCACCGGACAUGGAGUGGCACGCUGCCUGCCUCAAGUGCGUCGACUGCCACCAGUUCCUCGACGAAUACUGCACGUGUUUUGUGCGCGACGGCAAGACCUAUUGCAAGAGAGAUUAUGUCAGAUUAUUCGGCGCAAAAUGUGAUAAAUGCGGCAGAAUGUUCGAGAAGACCGACCUGGUGAUGCGAGCACGGACGAAAAUCUACCACUUGGAUUGCUUUAGAUGCUCCGCCUGCGGGAAGCAGCUCCUUCCCGGGGACGAGUUCGCCCUCAGAGAAGACGGCCUCUACUGCCGCUACGACUUCGACGUUUUCGAGAAGAAGGCCAACGCGGAGAACAACAACACCACCAACAUAAACAACAACGAAAUCAAAGGCGAAGGCAAACCACUACGGAAGGAGAGGCGGGAAGGCAAAACGACAAGAGUUCGCACCGUCCUCAAUGAAAAGCAAUUGCAUACUCUCAGAACCUGCUACGCUGCCAACUGCCGCCCGGACGCCCUCAUGAAGGAACAGCUGGUGGAAAUGACAGGCCUCUCGCCAAGAGUGAUCCGCGUGUGGUUCCAGAACAAGCGGUGCAAGGACAAGAAAAGGUCCUUGUUGAUGAAGCAGAUGCAACAAGAAAAGGUAUGGGAGGAAAAACAGAUGGCUCUGCAGGGCAUCACGGGCGUGCCAAUGGUAGCCUCCUCGCCCAUCCGACACGACGGCGCGCCCAUGGGUGUAGGUAUGGGCGGCCCCCUCGACGUGACCGCCUACCAGCCGCCCUGGAAGUCCCUGACCGAGUUCGCCCUCACACAUGACCUCGAUCGCCUGGACCCUUCCACGCCGCAGUACCAGCAGCUAGUGCAGCAGAUGCACGGGUACGGCGCCGAGAUGUGCGCCGCGGCCGAGCUCCUGGGGUCGCAGCCUCCGUCGCAGUCGCACCCGCAGCCGCAACCGCACCCCCCACCGCACCCACACGGGGACUCGAAGUACGACCCCGGUCCCUUCGACGACUCGGUGCACAGUGACUCGUAUGUGUCGUAUCUCGAGUCCGACGACUCUAUGACGGCGCCGCUGAGCACGACGACCAGCCCCUGAUGGUCGGGCCCGAGGGUAGUCGUCACAGCGUAGAUGAGUCGAUGUUUUAGUCGUCUUGAGUCGUACAUCACGGCCGGCCGAGUACCGAAGUCUCAGUACCUCAGUUUCAUUCUUCUCCCGUUUACCUUUGCCAUCUCUCUCUGUCUCUCCUUCUCUCUUCUUCACCCCACCAAUCCUAGUCGUUUUAAGGCCGUUGGCCGACUUCGAAGUCGGUGCCAGCCGGGUCGUGGUGUCUGGCGGCGCUGGCGGAGGUCAUCCCGACUGACCGACAUGAUCUUACCCGAAGGCAAACACACAACACAUUAUCAGCAUAAGUGGUGACCUGACAUGACCUCCUGGCGAGACCUAGUCUGAUCGGGCGAGAUUGGCCGAGUUUUAGCGAGACUCGGCGAGACCGAGCGAGAUUUGGCGAGACGUCGUUCCCAAGACGGACCCCCUGGACCUGCCUCAGAGGCCGCGCCUGACCUCUGGAAGGGGGCGCUGACGGCAAAAAAUCAUGAACAGCGUGAUGGCGAAAGAAAAGGAGAAAACAUGUCAUUUCCUCGCACAAAAUAGGACUAGACGCGGAAAAAGACCCUGGUCUCUGAAAAAUAAGUCUGGUCUUUUGGGGAAACGUGGAAGUGGAAGUUCGUGAAUAAAAAGGUCUAGACCGGAUGUGAGAAAAAAGAAGAAAAGAGAAAAAAAAUCCUUUGUGGUUUCGAAAGGUUUGUUUAGAUCCAAAACAGGAAAGAUACUAAAGAAAAGAAAUCUGAGAAUAGGUCUGAAAAUGGUCUGAAUAAUUUGAAAAGAUUCAUAAGAAAAGUUAACAUUACGAUAUAUGUGUUCAGCUCACUGGCGACUAAACAAAGCGAAAUAUAGUGUGCUUUAGUGUUCUGGAUACAUUUCACUGUCGUCUUAUGAACGAAAAAAACAGUGAUUUCGAAUGAGAAAAGAAAAAAAAAUAACAUGAAUGUCUUACAACUUCUUUUGUCUUAUAUUUCCUGUAGAAAAGAUGACAUAUAUGUUUGGGAGAUUUUUAUAUCGAUUCAUUCGGGGAAAAAAAUAAAUAAAACUAUAUAUAUGUAGUAGCUAAUCAUAUUUAUUUCAUGCGUUAAGUAUUAUUUUUUAUUUCAAAUAUGUUUCUAACUUGGUGUAGGAAUGUUUCACACGAGUAUUCUCUUUUGUUCAUGUUAAUUAUUGUACAAUUCAUAAUGUGUGUAUAUGGAUGCCACUUUAUAUAAGGCCACAUUUUUUUUUUGUUUUUGUUUUUGUUUUUUCAAUCAUUUUCAAUUGCUGUUUAUCUUACUUAGGAGUAUAACCCGACGUUUGGUAACCAACUGUCAACAGAUUGUUUCAUACGCAAGCUUUAACUGUAGCCUGUUGUUAUUUUUAAAAUGAGUUUCCCCCUUUCAAAGGGUUAUUUACUAUUAAACAUGUUUUAUAUGCCAUUUUUUUUUCUUUUUCUAUGGAAGAAAAUGAAUGUUCCUCAGUUACAUAUUCACCUCCCCAUAUCUAUCCCAUUCCCUCUACCAAGAUAUUUGUUUGUUUGUUUUCAUCUAGUGGUAUUGCAAUAUACAUAUUCAUUUCGACAAACAAACAAACAAAAAAAAUGCUUUAGAAUCUACGGGAAAGUCAUCACAGCUAGCCAAGGCAGUGAUUCUUUCCUUCCUCUUCCUCUCUCCCCCUAACCCCC